AUGGUGCCGGUUCUUCUUGCUCCCGCUUCCCCACGAUUCGCCUUAGAUUAUGUCCACGUCGUAAUAUGUUGCCUUCUUUCUUGGCUUGGCCUGCACAAAAUCCACACCUCUUACUCGCAACGCUUCUCCCAAAACACUUCUCCCACUUCAUCUGUCUCUGCCCGUAGAGUCAUUGAAACUUUGUCUGUUUUCUCAUUCAGAGACCUUGCAGAGAGCUUUGGUGAGAUGGAGCCAGAUGUUUCAUGCGCUGUUUGCUUGAGCUCCUUUGCGCAAGAUGAUGAAAUUCGAAAGCUAUGCAAUUGCCGCCAUAUAUUUCACAGAGUUUGCCUAGACAAAUGGGUAGAUCACCAUCAGACUACGUGCCCUCUCUGCAGAUGUUCUCUUCUUCCAGAAAAUGAAACACAAGCAGACAAUGAAGAAAAAUGGACCUGA